CAGCCAGUGCAGGAGCUGCAGGAGACCUGAGUUUGAUCCUUGGGUGGGGAAGCCUGGAGGAGGAAAUGGCAAUCCACUCCAGUAUUCUUGCUGGGAUAAUCGCAUGGACAGAGAAGCUUGAUGGGCUAUGUCCAUGGAGACUGGGACACAUCUGAGUGACUGAGCACACGCACAAAGGCAGUGAGAAAAAGGGGAAUUGGCAGUGUGGAGGUCGGGCAUAUGUAGGGUGACAUUGGGUGGCCACAUGGGGAGGUUUGAGCAAAGACUUGGGGGAAGGGAUGAGAAUUAGGAAGCAUCUGUGUGGGAAGGGGUGUACCAGGUGGAAGAUACAGUAUAUGCAAAGGCCUUGUAGCUGGAGCUACCUGGUGAGCUCCCGGAAAGCAAGGAGGCCAGAGGGGCACCCAUAGGGAUGGGGAAGGCCAUCGAGGGGAGAUAGGACCUAGUUGUGGUCAGGUCAGACUUGGUGGGCCUCAGGAAAGCCUGCUAGACCCUCUCAGCCCCCCAGUUUGGACCCUUCUUUCCCCUGAACCUUUUGUCUUUGUCUUCAUAACGGGGACUAGGCAGGCGUGCAGCCAGGGACCCAGCGGAACAGGAGAGCCACUCCCUCCCCACCUGGCGGGGUCCCUGGUGGUCUGAGUGGGGAGCCGGCUCUUUCCUGAAUGGAGGCAUGAGGGGAGUUGGCAGGUUCGCUGGGUCCUUCCGGAAUGGAGGCAGGAGGGAGCUGGCAGGUUCGCUGGGUCCUUGUCCGUCUGAGAAGAACAAGGCUUCCUUGUUAGCAUCCCCACCUCCCUGGAACAAAGGGGCAGGCAGCCACCAAGGCGCGUGAGUCUGAGUCAGGCCCUGCUGAGGGACAAUUGUGAGCACCUUGGGGAGGUGGGAGGUGAGAGAUCGCAGGCCAGAGGGCAGAGGGAGAGUUGACACUGCGUGGGGCAGCGUCCUGAAAAUACCUGCCCCCCGGCCCGCCCCACCCACCGUGCCAGGGACAGAACAGCAGUCUGGCCUAUAAUCCAGCUUCUCACUUUCAGCCCCCAGACAGCUUUAGAGAUGGUGAGGGACCUCAGCUCAGCUAUGUCAAUAGCCCCCACCCCUUUCUUCUGUGGCUGUCUGUGCACGGGGUCGGGGCCAGCGAUGUGCUGACCCCAGGACAGGACAUGCACAGCUUCGCCUCUUUUGUGUGUGUGUGUGUGUGUGUGAGAGAGAGAGAGAGAGAGAGAGAGAGAGAGAGAGAGAGAGAGAGAUGGGAAGGAGUGGGGAGAAAGGACAGUAAACUGCUGAAGAAAGCAGCUGGUCUGAGCUCAGGUCCCACUCUUGACGUCUCUCUCCUAAUGCUGACCGCUCCUCUCCUCUGCUCCAAAGUCUCCAGGGCUCCCACCUCCUCAGGUUCACAGCCAAGGUGUACCUGCACCCACAGAACCCAUGGAUGACCAGCAGCCCACCCUGUACAGCUGGUCCACAGUGUGUCUGUGUGCAUCUCCUGCUGGAGCCCCAAGCCCCCAACCCCAAGAGUGAACUCAUGAUCAUUUAAAGGCUGCCCUGGGACUCCCCAGUGGUCCAGUGGUUAAGACAUGCUGCUUCCACUGCAGGGGGCAGUGGGUUCAAUCCCUAGUUGGGGAACUAACUGACCAAAAAAAAGUAAUGCCCCAUAAAUAUUUAUACAAAAUGGAAUAAAAUAAGUAAAGCCUGCCCCUCCCACCUCUGCUCCCUCCCAGGUACCCGCAGCUCCAUCCUUUGAGGUGAGCCAACCAAAGCCCUGGGGCUCUGUAGCUACCUCCCUCCCUCAAAUCCGCUUGCAGACCUUGUUGUUUCUAGUUUUAAAGUAGACCCAGAAUCCCUGCUUCUCGCCCACUCUUCCAUCCCUGCUUAGCUGGGCCCACCAUCCCCCGGCCCCCAAUUCCCCCUCCCAUCUUCACUCCCCACAUUCCCCCUCACCAUCGCCCUAUCAUCUCCCUAUCAUCCAUCACCCCUCCCUCACCCCUCCAAGACACCCCCAUCUCCACCCCUUAUUCCCCUUUCCCAGGGUCCCAGUGCUGCCCAUGGCCUGUUCUCCCCGAAACCGCCAGAGGGCGCCUGUGAGCAGAGAGCGAGGCGCGUCCCUGCUCUGCCCCCUCAACCCCGCCCUCCACACCUUCCCCUGCCGUGGCAAUCGAGCCUUCCGCGUCCCCGGGCCCUUACCUCCUGCCUCAGUCCUUCGCUCAUCCUCCCCGCGGCCCCUCCCACCUGCCAGGCGCAGGGCUGUCUGUCCCAGGGCCUUUGCACAGGUGGUGCUCCCUCUCACCAGGUCUCCCUGCUCUCUCCCCACCUCCCUCUGGUCUUUGCUCCGGUGACUCCUCCCCACUGAGGCCUCCUAGGCUGCACACCCACAGCUCUGGCCCCUUCUGACCACCCCCUCCCACCCCAUUCUUCUCCAGGGCACUACUUGCCUGCCUAAGUGGAAAGGAGAGGCGGGGAGGUUGUGUAUUUCGUUCACCCCUGUUUCCCCUGUACCGGAAACUACCUGACGCGCAGCUCUGUCCUGGUGGAAUUAGUAGUUGUGAUGAGGGCUGUUAUCAGAGGAGCACUGGCCGUAUUUAGACCUCGGCUUAGCCGGGCAGCCUCACUGGAUUCUGCCUGCACCCGGGCCUCGCGGCUGGGCCUGAGUCCCGCUCUCACGCCCAGCUGGGCUUCCGUUUUCAAGUUCUCUGACUUGCCCUCUGCUGCUCAUGUCAUUUUGGAUUAAAAUGCGGCUUGUUCCCAUGUAGACUUUGACUUGUUCACAUCUCAGCCCGCCUGCUGGAGUGAAGAUUUCUGGGCUAAAGAGAGAGAAUCCGGCCAGGAGUGGUGGCCAGGCGGGCUAGUGGGGGAUGAACUCGAGUGGGGAGGGGCCUGGGCCUGAGGGUCCCCCGAACACUCUGCACAGGCUCAGGCUGCCUGUCCUUCCUAUUCACUGCCCCCCGCCCCCCAACUCUGUGUUAGCUCUUGGCUUCUCAUAGUCAGAAAGGGGAACGGAGCCCUGGAUGGAUUCUGAAUGUAGGUUCUCAUCCCAGAGGGGCUGGGUCACCGAGAGGAAAUGGAGGUGGUGGGAGCCGAGUCCAGUGUCUCCAGCUCUCUUCACUCCAGGGCUGACCAAGGCAGCCUGGGCUGGGGGCCCAGAAAUGGGGAGGGCUGGGUCCUUCCACCCCCUGUCCUGGGCCCCAAGGCUGACCAGUUCCUGGGCUCCUGCACAUCUAGCCAGUGUGGGUCCCCGAGAGGCGCCCAUGGACAGGAGGAGAAGGAGGUGGGUAUUCAUCCCCCAUCUCCUACUUCUGUCCAUGACUCUGCUAAGGAGCACAUAGCUCAUUGAGUGUCGGGGCGACCGGUGCCUGAGGAUCGAGCUGGCUGUGGGCUGAUGGGCAGAAGUGAGCAUCUCUGGGGAGGGGAGCAGGUGAAGGCCCUGAGGUUCCCAUCCAAGGGGCAGGAAGCUGGCUGAUGUGGCCACAAGGUCGUGGAUGAGGGCUGAAGGCUAGGAGUCCAGGGCAGAGGGGAGCAGGAUGAGACAGGGAGGACUUGGGUUUUAUCCUCAGGAUGAGGGAAAUCCAGAGAUUGAGCAUACCUGGAAAACUGAGCAGGAAUUAGAACCCGGGAGAAGCCCUUGAUGCCAAGCUUUGCUCUAAAACCUGAGUCAGAAUUCCGUGCAAUCCCUACCCCCACCCCCACCGCCCCCUUCCCCUGACUCACCCUCCCUCCCUCCCCACUCUGUCUCCCCUCCUGUGACCAGAGGAGGUCAGAAUGCACACCUCUCAUGUGAUGCUAGGAUAAUUAAACACUGCGAUGCUGGGCCAGGAUGCCUGAGUCCCAGGCUAGUAACCUAGUGACUAGGAUACGGCAAACGCCUCUGGCUUCACACAGACUCGUUUCCCCCAGAGCCUGCAAGUCUGCAGGGCUGCCGGCCUCCUGUCCCGAUGUUGUCAUUCAUUCACCGCGCUGGUUUCUUGUUGAUCCUUUUAAAGAAUCAGCUUUUGGGUGGUGGUGGUGGGGCUUUGUUAAUUCUUUCUGCAGUUUUCUGUUUCAUGCAUUUCUACUUCAUUUUUCAAAUCUCCCUCCAUCUACCCACUAGUACUCUUACAUUUUUCUAGUUUUUAAAGGUGAAACCUUAGGUCAUUGAUUUUAAGAUCUUCUUUUCUAUAUUUUUAUUUAUUUACUUGUCUGCGCCAGGUUUUAGUUGCAGCAUGUGGAACCUAGUUUCCCGACCAGGGGUCAAACCGGGGCCCCCUGCAUUAGGAGUGGGGAGGUUUAGCCACUGGACCACCAGGAAGUCCCAAGAUCUUUUCUAACAUAGCAUUUAAGACUUGUUUUAUGACCUUUGACACAGACUAUAACAUUUUGAAUAAAAAGUUUCAAAAAUUAUAGAAUGCCUAAAAAUUACAUUGUGGAAUGAAUUGUAUGAUAUGCAAAUGGUCACUCAGAACACCUGUUAACACGUUGCACUGCAAAAGGGCGUGACCACACAGCAGCAAACAAGGACGCUCUGAAGACAAGGAAUGUGAAUUCUGCUUGGCCAGGCUUACCUGAGCCUGGUCUCAGAUCCCGACAUGGGUUGGGGUUGGGGGAACCUUCCUGUGUCAGGGACAGAGAUGCUCUGUGUCGCUGGCUUCUGGGAGGAGGGGGCUUCCUGGACAACCGCAGCCACCCCUUGGCCCACGUGACUCCUGUCCUGGACUCAGCUCAGCCCCCUCCUAUCCUGAAAUGUUGCCUUCUCAUCGUCUCAUCGCAGUGACCACUUGUCCUGCCCUGCUCUCUGUUUGCAGAACAUGUAACACCUUUUAAGGCCAGCGACCGCCGGCCAGCCUGAUCAGGCCAGGGCCCCAGACUCCCUGCCGCGGGACAAGGGGCCAUCUGUGCCGUUCCGGAUGGUGUGGUUGGCCAGGGCUCUGCCAACCCCGCAGGAGCUGCCAGCAUCAGGGACAGUGCCGGCACCUGUGGCCCAGAGCUGUGCGGCCAAGGAGCAGACACCAGGAGGCAGGGGCAUCCGCCCACCAUGGGGACUCUCACCUGCGACCCAGCUCCACGGCUGACCCCAGUGCCUCUGGGCCGGCGGGCCACUGACUGUCAGAUCCCGGAGACCAGCCUGAGGAGGACCUGCGGGGUGGCCACCUUGGAGCACGGCUCUGGGCCAGGCUUGUAUGCCCUGCCUUCCACUGUUGGCUACAUCAACCACGACUGCACCAGGGUAGCCGGUCCUGCCUACUCACUCUUCCGGAGGCCCAUUGAGGCAUCUCCGCAAGAGACCAGCCCUGGGCCAGUCUACUUCCUGGACUCGAAAGUCACCCGCUUUGGCCGCAGCUGCACCCCUGCCUACUCCAUGCAGGGCCGGGGCAAGUCUCCCAGUCUGGAGGUGACGCCCGGCCCUGGGGCUUACAGCCCAGAGAAGGUGGCCCCCAUGCGCCAGCGGACGCCUCCAGCUUUCACCCUGGGCUCCCGCCUCCGCCCACGGCCCCUGAACACCUCAGCCCCUGCCCCCAACACCUACACCCUGCCCUCCCUCUGGGGCUCGCAGGUCUUUACCAAGCCCAGCAGCCCCAGCUACACCGUGGCUGGCCGCACACCCCUUGCUCGCCCCCCGCAGGACCCCGCGGAGAUACCCGGCCCUGGCCAGUAUGACAGCCCGGACCCCAAUGCCUACCGUCAGCGCCGGCCGGCCUUCACCAUGCUGGGGCGGCCCCGAGCCCCACGGCCCCCAGAUGAGACACCCGGCCCUGGCAGCCACAGCCCUGAGCAGGUCACUGUGACCAAGGCCAGGGCCCCGGCAUUCACCAUGGGUAUCCGCCACUCCAAGCGGGCUACCACCAUGGCCGCAGACACUGCACCCUGAUGCCCUCAUGACAGGAGGUGACAGGAUGCCUGGCCCACUCCUGGGUUGAGCCUCAGUCUCCUGUGCUGUGAAGUGGGGGGUAGGCAGGUGGUUGGAGGGGGGAGCCUAGGAGAAGCCAGGGUGAGGGGAAGGCACCUCCUUCCUUCCUGUCUUCUGAAAGGUCCAAGGUCCUUCUAGGCCACUGCUUUCUCCAGUCCCGGGGGCUGAGAUCCCGUGGUCCCCACAGGGUGAGUCUCCUUCCAGCGUCCCAGUUUCUUCUGUCCAGGUCACACCAGGCCGGGCCAGGCCAGGUGGAAAAAGGGACACUCUGGCCUUCCCUAGCUGCUGGCCAGAGACACGGCUUCCUGUGUCCUAGAACUCAGUGUCCGCCCUCGAGGGCCUGGGUCCCCAUCAUGGCUCGGGUUUCUGCCUCAUCCCUGGGCUCAUCCCUGCUACUCAUGGAAGGGUUGUUUGGGCCCAGAUCCUGCUGGAGGCAGCCCUGCUGCCCUCUCUACCUGCCCCACCCUCUAGCCGCCUGCCAAUAAAAUCCUGGGGCAUCGGCAGCCGUCAGCAUCAUGGUUGCAUCUAUUCACGCCACAGGAAGGAAACCUGAACACUGCUCUCAGAUGCCAACCCCUAACUCUGCAGCCCCCUGGGCACCUGGAUGGGACUGAAGAAGGGGUCCAGGACUGAAGGAAACGAGCCGUGGGGCAGGGGCUUUGAGUGGAGGGAGCCAGCCUG